CAUAACUUAAAACAAAGUGAGGCGUCAGCAACUAAGAUACACGUUAUCUGAGUACGGCGUGUUGGUCGUGCCUCCUUGUAUCCCAGCAUCCUUUGCGGAACGACCUUUUUCCGGUGGAGACAAAACAAGCAGGAUCUCAAGCCCCCCCAUUUGACCUCUAAAGCACAUAGACAUGGCCGAGACCGUGGACGAGAAGAUUAAAAACUACAGGACGGCUCCUUUUGACGCCAGAUUCCCCAACACGAACCAGACCCGCAACUGUUUCCAGAACUACCUGGAUUUCCACAGAUGCAACAAGGCCCUGACAGCCAAAGGCCAGGAUGUGACUCCGUGUCAGUGGUACCAGAGGGUUUACAAGAGCCUCUGCCCAAUGGGCUGGGUGGCUAAAUGGGACGAGCAGAUAGAAAAUGGAAAUUUCCCCGGAAAGAUCUGAAGUCCCCAGCUGUUCCCAGUCACGGUGUUGUGUUGCUCCAAACGUUACCUCUGUAGUGUGCCUGAAGACAUCUCCAACACAUCUAUCACUUUAUCGGCAUAAUUUGUCAUCGGUGCCACUAACCCUAAACUGUAAACACGCACAGCUUUUACCAUGAAGAAGUUUGGUUUGUUUCCUCCUGCCGUUUUGAUCUGUAAUGUCGCAUUAUUCAUUCAAUAAAUACAGUGUAGCGUAAUGAACGUGUUCUUUGUUAUGGAGUUUAAGAAAAGGGUUGUGUAGGUGUAACUUUCGGCAAGGCACUGUAAACUCCUGAAAUCAGCAACACAUCCAGCUGGAGAUCCAAGCACCCGAGUCCGCGUUUCUGUUCUGGAGGAAAUGUUAUGGCUUUUUGUUGCCUCUGUAGUUUUUGCUCUUACCCAGGUUGGCGUGUUUCAUCACACUAUGACUGAAAAAAUCAUGGGAACUCACAGUUUUUAAUAGGUCUACGUCAGACACCUUGUUAGCACGUGUAAUUUGAUCAGAUUCAGAUUGCAGUGUGUUCAAAACAUCUUCAAAAUUGAAAAUAAUAAAUGUUUCAACUCCUGUU